AUGCGCCCCGCUGAUGUGGCAUAUACUUUCAAGGCAGACUGUGGACUUGAUAUCAGCUACCAUGUAGUGUGGUUAGGUGCUGAGAAAGCGAGAGAGGCUAUGCUUGGUGAUUACUUAACAUCGUUUGACCAACUGAGAUGGUACGGUGAUGCUGUUCAACAUUAUAAUCCUGGAAGUCAUAUCAAUAUUGACUAUGAUUUGAAGACUAGUCAGUUUACAAGGCUUUUUGUAGCAUUUGCUGUGUGCAUAAAUGGCUUCAAAUAUUGUUGCCCUUUGCUUUUUCUUGAUGGAACAUUUCUAAAAGGGAGAUACAAUGGGCAGUUGCUUGCAGCGACAACUAAAGACGGUAACCAAGGAUUGUUUCCAGUAGCCUUUGCAAUUGUUGAUUCGGAGAGUGAAUCGAAUUGGUCAUGGUUUCUAUAUGAACUGUCAAAAGUAAUUGCUGAUGAUAGACGCAUGACAUUUGUAUCCAAUCGUAAUCUACGGCUUUUGGAAGCAAUGCUAAAGGCAUUCCCAUCAGGAUAUCAUGGAUGGUGUUUACAACACCUAAAGAAUAAUUUUAGGGACAAGUUGAAGGGUAUGGAAAAUGGUUUCAAUGAACACUUAAUACGGAAGUUGGGUGAUUGUGCAUAUGAACUUACUGUGACAAGUUUUCAUGCAUUACUAGAAGAGUUGAAGAGUGAGGGGAAGCAAUAA